AUGUCAAGUAUUAAAGACGAUGAUGCUUCAAUUGCAUCUCAACCAAAGACUACCAGCAGAUUGAAGAAAUUGACAUCAGGAGAUAAAUGGGUUUCACCAUUUAGAACUGGUCCAAAGAAGAAAAACUUGCACCAAGAUUUAAGGGAACAGAACAAGAUUGAUAAGAUGCAAGUUCCAAAGAAAUUUGCUACUCAUCCAACUUUAGAAGCUAAGAAGAAAGCUGACGAAGCUGCUGCCAAAAAAGCUAAAGAAGAAGCCGAAAAGAAAGCCAAAGCUGAAGCUGAAUCCAAAGAAGUUGACGCUGAAGGUGAAGAAGGUGAAGUUAAAGAAACUGAACCAGUUGAUACUGAAGCCAAGGAAGAAGAAGUUGAAGCUGAAGUUGAAGAAACUGAAGCUCAACCUGAAGCAACUGAAGAAGCCGAAGUAAUUGAAGAAACGGAAGCUAAUGAUGAUAACAUCGAACAAGUUGUUAAAGAAACUCCAAUUGAAAUUGUUACUCAACCUGAAGCUAAGUAUGAACCUGUCCAAUUACCUAACCAGGAAACUUUGGACAAAUUCAAAGAUAAACCCAAAUUAUUAGACCAUUAUCAAGAAUUGAAUACUGCUGCCAUUGGUUCAGUUGCACGUUCUAUGGAAGAUCCUAAUAAGGUUAUCGAUUUAGGAAGUGGAUUGAAAAUGACUCAACAGCAAUUAUUAGACAUUGCCGCUAAAAGAGUCGCUCCCGUUUUAACCACCAUCAAUGAUGAGGUUACUAAAACUCGUAAUGAAGAUGAAAUCAAAAGACAGGAACAGAUCAAAUCCAAAGUUGAAAGCCACGAGCGUAAAUUGAAAGGUGAUUUUGAAAAACACUUAAAGAAAAUCGAAGGUAAAAAAUUGAAAUUCGAUGGUGAAAUCACCAGAAAGACCACUGCUUUAACCAAAAAAAUGGAAAGUAAUGAUCAAGAAGCUGCUGAUUUCGAAAAAACCACUUUGGAAGAAAUCGAAACUGCCAAAAAAGAUUUUGAAACAAGAGAAGCCAAUGCUGUUGAACAACAUGAGACUGAUAAAGAAAACUUGAUCAAGAAUCACGAAGAAUUGAUGGAAACCAAAAAACAAGAAUUAGAAGAUUCUAAAACUAACCAGGAAACCACCACUCAAGAAAUCGAAUCUUUACAAGAAAAGAAAACCGAAUUAGAUAACUCAAACUCUGAAUUGAAUACAAAGAUUGAAGAGUUAACUGCCAAAUUGAAUGAAAAAUUGAAAUCUUUGGAAGAAGUUAACGUCAAUUUGACUGAAAAGAAGGAUUUGAUCAGUAAGAAUGAAGUCACUAAAAAGGAAUUGAAUGAAAAAUUGGAAACUUCCGAAAAAGAUUUGUCAACCAAAAAAGAAUCUCAUGGUAAAUUGAGUGCUGAAGUCGGUGUCUUGGCUGGUGUUUUAUCUGCUUAUGCUACCAAAUUGACUUUCUUAAGUGGGGAAAAAGAAUCUAGAAAAUCUAGAUUAUCCCAAGCUAAAGAAACAUUCACUAAUUGGGAAACAGAAAAACAAAACACUGCUAAACAAGUAGCUUUAGAACAUGAACGUAAGCGUGCUGAAGCUCAGGAAGCUGCCGAAACCGCUAAGCUUGAACAAGAAUUGGAAAGACAAAGAUUGAAAGAUGAAGAAGAAACCAGAAAAGUUCAAGAAGAAAUUGAAAGACAAAGAUUAAAAGAAGAAGAAGAAAGAAAAGCUGCUGAAGAAAAGGCUGCUGCUGAAAAGAAAGCUGCUGAAGAAAAAGAAGCCGCCGAAAAGAAAGCUGCCGAAGAAGCUGAAGCCGAAAGAUUAGCUAAAAUUGAGGCUGAAAAGAAGGAAGCUGAAGAAAAGGAAGCUGCCGAAAAGAAAGUUGCUGACAAAAAGGCCGCCGAAGAAGCUGAAGCUGCUAAAGCUGCCAAAAUUGAAGCUGAUAAGAAAGCUGCUGAAGAAGAAGAAAGAUUGAAAAACUUACCUGAAUAUCAACGUCAAUUACGUAUCAAGGAAAGAGAAAGUGAACAACAAAGAUUGAUUGACGAAAGAAAUCAACAUGAAGAAAUCUACAAGCAACGUAAAUCUAAAGAAGAAGAAGAAGCUUUAGCUUUACAAAAAGAAAUUGAAGCUUUAAAACAAAAACAAAUUGAAAAGACCGAACUCGAAAGAUUAGAAGCUGAGAGAGUAGCUCAAAGUAAAUUAGAUGAAAUUGAAAAAUUGAAAGCUGAACAUGAUGAAAAAUUGAAAUUGUAUCAAGAAAGAUUAGAAUUUGAAGAAUUACAAAAGACAAGAUUGUUAGAAGAAGUUGAAAAUUUGAAAAAGAUCAGAUUAUUGAGAGAAGAAAAGGCAAGAUUAACUUCUACCGUUGAUAACUAUUCAAAAAUUGAUGAUAUUCAACAUUUGAUCGAAGAAAGAGAAUUGGAAGUUGCUAGAUUGACUAAGCAAAUUGAAUUAGAUGAUAAAGAAUUAUAUCAUAGUUCCAAAGGAAAGUUAUAUUCAGCACAAAGCGUUGAAGAUUCAGUUCCUGAUAAAGUCCCAAAAGAUGAAAUGAAAUUGAAAUCUGAAUCCAAAAAUUUUUUAGCUAAAAGCGAUGAAUUACCAGUAAUUGCUGAAAAAGGAGCCAAAGCUGAAAAGGAUUCAAAAGAUUCCAAGAAAACUGGUGCAGCUGUUGUAACAGGUUUAGCAGCAGGUUCUGCUGUUGCAAGUUCAAACGUUGGAAAUGCUACUUCUAAAUCCAAAGAUAGUGGUAGAUCAAACAGUUUAAGAAAAAGUUUGAAAAAACUUUCGAAGAAAUUAAGUGGUGAUUCAAGUCCAAAAGCUUCUCCAAAGCCGGAAAAAAAAUCAGUUGCAAAACCAGUAAAACCAGUUGAAAAACAAACCAAAGCUGUAGCUUCAGAUUCCGAAUAUGAAACUUAUUCAAUUUAUGAAGAAGUUGAUGAUGAGGAAUAUGAAGCUAAUAGAACUGAUCCAAAUUACUUCGAAGUUACUUCUGAAGAAUUUGAGAAACAUAAAGCCAGAGUUUGA